AUGGCAUUCGUCGACGUCACGGUCGGCAGCCUUGAUCCCGACUCUCUAAGGAUGGCAAAGGUAGAUAGACAUGGGUGGUGGGAGUUUGGGGUCGACUGGAUCAAGACGCUGCUGAGCAAGGGAGACGGUGGCUUCAUGAUCAAGCAUCAAACAGGCGACGUGGCUCGGUCGGUUGACGAUUGA